UUAAAUGCCAAAGAACUUCUAAAGUGUAUAGAUUACCAAACUGACAUCAUAUAUUUGCAGACAGCAGUUUUUAGGUUGGAUAGUAUGUAUCUUGUAUUAUGCAGGGGAAAUGAGCACUUCAAACAGUAAUGACAGCAAUUGCUCACUCAAGCUCCACCCAAUAAACAACACACUUUUUGGCGCUCCACCUUCUAGUAGUAAAAGAGUAAACAUACUGUCCUAACACACCAUCAGCUUAUCGGAUGAAAUGUAUGUGUUUUUCUUUGCUGAACUGAAAAUAAUCUGCAUGAAGAGUCCACAGGAAAAGAAGGAUUUUUAUUCAUCUCAAGCAGCAAUGCAUUGAAAAUUGCAAAAAGAAAAAUGAGAAGUGACAAAUUGAAAGCUAUUUUUAUGCUGUGCCUUGCUUUCAUCACAACAGAAGGACACAGUUUUGAAAGUAAAGUUUAAAUUAAACAUAAUUCUUCAGUGGCCCAGUUACUCCAAGAAGACACAGAGGAUCUGAAAUGUUUUGUGGAGGGAAAGAAGGACCUCACCUGCUUUUGGGAAGAAGAGCAAGAGAGGAAUGGUUCACAUGAUCAAUAUACAUUCAUGUAUUCAUAUAAGAAUGAGAACAGAAGGACAUGUGUAGUUAUGUCUUUACUGGCCAGUAACAGAACAGUUUACUUCUGCAAACUGCCCCAAACUUUGUUCUUCACGGCCCUUGAUGUUCAGGUUUUUUGUGAUGGGCGGAUGCUCUACAAUCGCAGCCUCAAUGUGGAGAAUGUCUUGUUUCCAGAUCCUCCCAGAAACCUUACAGUCGUGAGCUCAAGGAAUGAAGGACAGUUAAACGUGAGCUGGCUGCCUCCACCUCUCAAAUAUAUGGAUGACAGUAUGAUAUAUGAGGUCAGAUACGCAGUGGAGGGAAGUCAUAUGGGCAAGGUGGAGGAGAUAAAGGCCAGCACAAUGCUGGUCUUGAGGGGUUUGCAGCCAGGCACCAGAUACAAGGUGUGGGUCCGUGUCAAACCCGAUGGUGUGUCAUAUAAAGGCUACUGGAGUGCUUGGACCGAACCUGUAUUUGGAAGCACACCACCAACUGACAUGGAUCCUCUGAUUGUGUUAUUGGUUCUGUUCAUUGGACUGAUUCUCUUGUUGCUGUCACUGACUGUGAUUCUGUCCCACCACAAGUUUCUUCUAAAGAAACUUUGGCCUGACAUUCCAACACCAGAACACAAGUUUCCAGGACUCUUCACUGUCUACAAAGGUGAUUUUAAGGAAUGGAUGAGUCAUGGUAAUUGGAGUAUCUGGGGAAGACCAGUCCAUGUCUACCCCGAAGAGCUUCCAUCACCACUAGAAGUUCUGUCGGAGGUUUCUCUAGCCACUCACAUGACUUCCCCAAGACAAGACAGGAAACCAUUGAAGGAAGAAGAGGAGAAGACGGAAAGUGAGGCUACAGACUCUGGUUUAACUGACAGAUGGCGAGAGCCCCCCCACACCCAUUGGAUCAUGGAGCAGUUGAGGGCCCUUCAAGAAAACCCAGAAUCCCUCUCUCAGCCAAUGUUACUGGAAUCACACGACACCUACGUCACUCUAAAUCAUAACACCCAGCAUACCCGAGGAGAAGUUGAAGGCCAGGUAGAUGAUAUCUUCAAAGAGUUGUUACCCCUGCAGACUCUCUUCACCACUACAGGAACGGUGUCUUUGAGCACCUCACAUUCUGAUCUCGGAUCCCUCCAGCAGAGUUCCUGUUCGGGCAGACUGUCGUCCCAAUCCAGCUUUGAGUUUCCAAACCACACGUGGCUGCCUAAAGGGCCGGGAUAUGCUUAUAUGGCCGUAGCAGACUCUGGAGUGUCUAUGGACUACAGCCCGAUGAGCUCAAGCGGGAUUGCGGAUCUUGGGAAACAGGUGAUUUACACCAAUGAAUACAAAAAUGAGAUUUUUGGCCACAAGUGGCCACUCUCUGGUCAUUGCAUAUAAUCUGGAUACUGAUUUGAAGAUGUUUGGGAAUUUUUUAAGGGGAAUAUGGAUAAACAAUAUGUUUACUAAAACCCUUUAUGGUGUAUGAGAGACUGACAGAGCAGUGCAUCACAAGGAGAAUUCAGAUCAAGAUCUUGCAGAUUUAUGAAACAUACAACACUAGAAUCUUUCAUUAGACAAAGCAUAUUCCGUCAGAUAAAAUAAGCUAAUUCUGUUGUUAUCACAGUAACACUAAAGUCACGUAAACACUGAUCUGUUUUCAUUUGAAAAUGCAUAGAUUGUUCCAUGUUUAAGCCUCUCUUCGACACUGGAAUGGUAUUUUCCUCCACCAAAAAUGCAAACUUUUGAAAAUGCUCUCCAUUACUGCACAACGGAAUACGAUGAAGUUAGGAAACUUAAAGGCGGAGGUUUCAAAUUAAAUGGAUUAGUACAUGUUCGUUUGUAAGCGCAAUAACUUUGCUACAUUUACGCCUCUCAUCCACACUAGAAUAGCCUUUCCUUCCACCGAAAACAGAAAGUUUAAAAAAUGUUCUUCAAUCCCACAUACGAUUACUUUAGGAAACUGAAAACGGAGGUUUCAAACUUAAACGGAUUAGUAAGUUUUCAGUUGAAAACAUUUAGCUGUUUACGCCUUUCAUCCACACUAGAAUGGAGUUUUCCUCCACUGAAAACUAAUCGAAUCAAAAAACGCUCUAUAUUGCAUCAUAUGUUGGAAAAUUAUGAUGUUAAGAAACUUAAAACGGAUUAGUGGCCUAAAGUGUUACUGCUAACAUAAUAGCAAUACUUUGGCAGCUGAUAAUAAACAUUUUUGUAAAGCAUAUUAGGCACUGAUUCCAAGUACCAGUGAAGGUUUUUUUUAUAUUUAGAUUUUUUUUUGUCUUUAAUUAUGAAUAAAUUAAAUGUCAUGUUAUCCGGUUUUGGGUUUUCCCAAGCCGAAAUCUGUGUUGUAAAAAUGUACAUAGCUGUUUUGAUGUAAAUAACAGUUUUCUAAUCUGUUUUGGGGGUUUAACUUCAUGCAGAUUUUUUUCAGCUCUGUAAAACAUUAGGUCAGAGGUUAGAGGAGGAAGUCAGUCUUAACAACUAUUAUUACAAAGGAUAAAAUCCUUUCUAUGCUUGGGUGCUCAGAGUGAAAAUGCUAGUGCAUUCUGGGAAUGCAUUUGUGGUUGGUAUGGAACAGUGAAUUUCUCAGAGCUUGAUGGUCACCUCAAGGUUUGCAAUGCACAGCAUGCUCAAUUUACUGUACAGAAACCUCCAUAAUCAGUGUUUAUUUUUAUAAUUGUAGUUGGUCUGCCAACAUUUAUUUGUAACAGGGUCAGACAAUAAUAAUGGGGGCAUGGGGCUAAAAUGCUACUUAAAGUGAUAAAAAUGUCUGCAAAAUUAAAAAUGCACAGGCAAAAAAAUACCCCCGUAAUACAUUUCCUCCUUUUUUAUUUUGAUAUAUUUCCUCAUAUUUUAUUCUAAGCCUAUUACAUAUUCUCACAAAAUAUUGUAUAUAGAGUUGAUGCAGAUUAAAAUGUAUGGGAAACAGCCUUACUUAAUUAGGAAUUUGUUUUAAUAAAAACUAUUUAAAGUAUUUUACAUAAAAAAACUGAUACACAGUGUUUUUUAAAUGCCCUCGUAAAAGUCAAAAAUGCCACUAAAAAUCUGAUCCUUAAGGCAAGUUCUGCCCUUUAUUAAAGUAAAUAAUUUUAUUUUUCAUGCAUUUAUUUUUUAAAGCGUGAAAAUAAAAAGCAAAAAAAGUGGUUAAUGUUGUUUCUGACACACAGACUGUAAUGUCUAUUCAUUUUUAUAGGUCAAAUAUUUUCUGAGCAAUCUUUCUAUUUGUAUGUAUAAUGCUCCACAUAUUAUUCUAGAUGUAUUUUUUAUAUAUAUUAAAAAAAGUAUUUCACCCAUUUCAGUGAAGUCUUGUAAUAUACACUUGCAGCCAAAAGUUUGGAAUAAUGUACAGAUUUUGCUCUCAUGGAAAGAAAUAGGUACUUUUAUUCACCAAAGGGGCAUUCAACUGAUCACAAUGUAUAGCCAGGACACUAAUAACAUGAAAAAUUACUAUUACAAUUUGGAAAACAAAAUGUUGAUAUGAACUUCUUAAACUACUUCAAAGAGUUCUCAUCAAAAAAUCCUCCACGUGCAGCAAUGACAGCUUUGCAGAUUCUUUGCAUUCUAGCUGUCAGUUUGUCCAGAUACUCAGGUGACGUUUCACCCCACACUUCCUGUAGCACUUGCCAUAGAUGUGGCUGUCUUGUCGGGCACUUCUCACGCACCUUAUAGUCUAGCUGAUCCCACAAAAGCUCCAUAACACUCUUUUCCAAUUAUCUGUUGUCAAAUGUCUCUGUUUCUUUGCCCACUCCAACCUUUUCUUUUUGAUUUUCUGUUUGAAAAGUGGCUUUUUCUUUGCAAUUCUUCCCAUAAGGCCUGCACCCCUGAGUCUUCUCUUUACUGUUGUACAUGAAACUGGUGUUGAGCAGGUAGAAUUCAAUGAAGCUGUCAGCUGAGGACAUGUGAGGCGUCUAUUUCUCAAACUAGAGACUCUGAUGUACUUAUCCUCUUGUUUAGUUGUACAUCUGGCCUUCCACAUCUCUUUCUGUCCUUGUUAGAGCCAGUUGUCCUUUGUCUUUGAAGACAGUAGUGUACACCUUAGUAUGAAAUCUUCAGUUUUUUGGCAAUUUCAAGCAUUGUAUAGCCUUCAUUCCUCAAAACAAUGAUUGACUGAUGAGUUUCUAGAGAAAGCUGUUUCUUUUUUACCAUUGUUUACCUAAUAUUGACCUUAAGACAUGCCAGUCUAUUGCAUACUGUGGCAACUCAAAAACAAACACAAAGACAAUGUUAAGCUUCAUUUAAUGAACCAAAUAGCUUUCAACUGUGUUUGAUAUAAUGGCAAGUGAUUUUCUAGUACCAAAUGAUCAAUUUAGCAUGAUUACAGAAGGAUAAGGUGUUAGAGUGAUGGCUGCUGGAAAUGGGGCCUGUCUAGAUUUGAUCAAAAACGACUUUUUUCAAAUAGUGAUGGUGCUGUUUUUUUUACAUCAGUAAUGUCCUGACUAUACUUUGUGAUCAGUUGAAUGCCACUUUGGUGAAUUAAAGUACCAAUUUCCUUCCGAAACAGCAAAAUCUGUACAUUAUUCCACAAGUGUAUAUUUUUGGCCGCCAGUGUAUAUUUUUUUUUUUUAAUUUUGUUGCAUAAAUUUCUUUUCUUUGUCUAAAUUGCAUAAUUUCUGACUAUUAAUUUGUACUUUAAAGAAAAACGUGUGGCACUUUUUAAAGGGUCUUAUUUCCACCAGUAUGUACCAGGUUCUAUCAGGUUGUUUUUGAUGAAUACCUAAAAGUACUAUUGAGAACCAGCUUUGUUGUUUUAUCAUUUAUUUAAACAACAUUUCAGUCUAUUGAUCUUUUUCAGGCAUUUCAAUUUUAGACUGAAAUGCUGCUCAUUGAAUAAUAAAAAAAAAAAAAAUAGCAAGUAUGGCUGCUUAUCCUAUCCUUUAUACAAUACUGAUUGUGUACAAUGCAUCUGCCUGCAACCAUACAGAUGUGCGAUGUGUGUUUAGUUGUUUAACAACGAAAUGCUGAAAUUUCUAUGUCAAACUUUACAAAUCUGUUGUGUUUUAAACAUUAAAUUGCAUUUCUUACAACGUGAA